AAUAUUCGGAAUUGAGAAAUUUAUCUCGACAUUUGAAACCAACAAUAAUCCGUCUGGCAUAUUAGUUUCAAACAGAGUACAAAACAAUUUCUAGUUCUCUAUCUCACAUCGAAAACCAAACUUCAACCAUGUUGAAAUCAACCAUUGCUCCCAUGCUAUUAACCCUCCACUCAAAAACCAAAACCAACACCAUCCUCCCCUUCAAAACGCCCAUUUUUUGCACCUUAUUACCUCAAAGCCCACCAACUGUUCGACGAAAUGCCUCAACCAAACCUUUAACCAUCGAAACACCCGAAACCCCUUCUUACAAUCUCCCACCAGCUUCAGCUUACAUCCACCUCCCCUUUUGCCGCAAACGCUGCCAUUAUUGCGACUUCCCCAUCGUUGCUCUCGGCUCCACAUCCCCGGAAACCGCAGAUGAUGACCCAAGAAUAUUAAACUACAUUAACACUCUUAUCCGUGAAAUUGAGGCAACAAAAACACAUUUUGACCCACACCCGCCUCUUCAAACUGUCUUCUUUGGUGGUGGCACACCUUCUUUAGUGCCACCAAGACUUGUUGCUAAGGUUCUUGACACUUUGAGAUCAAGAUUUGGGAUAUGUUUGGAUGCUGAAAUAUCAAUGGAAAUGGACCCUGGUACAUUUGAUGAUAGGAAGCUGAAGGACUUGAUGGGGUUGGGUGUGAAUAGGGUGUCUUUAGGAGUUCAAGCGUUUCAGGAAGAGUUAUUGAAGGCUUGUGGGAGGGCUCAUGGUGUUAAGGAGGUUCAUGAGGCGAUUGAGAUUAUUGGUUCAUGUGGGGUUGGUAAUUGGAGCAUGGAUCUUAUUUCUUCGCUCCCGAAUCAAACUCAAGAAAUGUGGGAAGAGAGUUUGAGGCUCACGGUUGAAGCGCAGCCGAAUCAUGUCUCGGUUUAUGACUUGCAGAUUGAAAAAGACACCAAAUUUGGAUCACUGUACACACCAGGUGAAUUCCCACUGCCUUCAGACACUCAAUCUGCAAAAUUCUACCGAAUGGCCUCAAGAACACUCGGCGAGGCUAAUUAUAACCAUUAUGAAGUUAGCAGCUACAGCAAAAGCAGUUUUGAGUGCAAGCACAACUACACAUACUGGAUAAACAAGCCUUUUUAUGCGUUCGGUUUAGGUUCUGCUAGUUACAUAAACGGAACAAGAUAUUCAAGACCAAAAAAGUUAAAAGACUACACAAAUUACGUGAAGAAUUUGGAGGAUGGUUUAGUUGAUUUGGGCGAAGAAGAUGAUGUUGAUGAAGGGGAAAUGGCUAUGGAUAUUGUAAUGCUUUCGUUUAGAACUUCAAAAGGGUUAGAAUUCAAGAGUUUUGUAGAAGAUUUUGGAAGCGAAGUCGCUGUUGAAUUGUGUAAGGUUUAUGAGCCUUAUAUGAAAAGUGGGCAUGUGUUGUUUUUGGAUGAUCAAAGAAGAGAAAUUACGGAAGAUGAGUUUAGUUCGUUGGUUUUAGAUGACGAAAAAUUGGAAAAUGAGAUUGGGUUUAUUCGGUUAAGUGAUCCAGAUGGUUUCCUGUUGUCAAACGAGUUGAUAUCGCUUGCUUUUGGGGUGAUUGAUCCUUGAAUGAUCAUCGAAAAUGUGUUUUUUUUAGUUAAAGACAUUCUUUAUGUAAUUGUCUUAUAAAGGCAGUUUAUCCUUGGUAAUA